GGGACCGUUAAACGGGCCACACGAAGAAAGCACUUCACGCCCGGCUGCAUAAAACGUGACGCGGCGAGCUGUAACGAGCUGAUGGUGCUUCAGCGAGUUCGUUCGUGCUGAUUGUGCCUUUAUUGAGCGAAAUUUAUUCCAUCACGCAAAGGUUCGCGAGUGGCGCACUGCCGACCGGCUCAGUGCCUAGCGACCAGUUUCAGUUGAUAAUUCUGUACCGCAAAAGUCGCCACCAAUUCGUAACCGAUCGUCAAUUAGGCGAGGUCAGGUUGGUUAGCAACGGCCAAGAGCUUGUGACAACCAAAUAAGGCGUACUCCGGGGCAAGUGAACAAUUUCCACCGCCGACGACCCCGUUAGAGUGUUACCAACGGAUUCCGUCCGCUUUCGUCGGUUGAUCCGCUCUCAAAAUAGAACACCGCAGAAUGGCCAUAACCGCGGUGAGUGACCGGCGGCUACGGGCGAUGUCAACAACAAGUGUGCUGUUGCUGCUGCUGCUGACGCUGGGUAACCAGACCGGCCGGAUGGUAGACGCGGCCAAAAUUCUGGCAAUCUUCCCGGUGCCCCUGAAGCAGCACCAGCUCGUCUACCGGCCACUGCUCGAGGAGCUUGCGCAGCGAGGCCACGACAUUGUGCUGGUCACAACGGAUCCCAUGGAUCCGCAGCACCGAUCGGAUCGAAUCGAGCAAAUCGAUCUCAGCUUCGCCUACCAACUUCCGGUGCUGGAGCAGCUCAACGUGGACGGGCUGGAUGGGCGCGACAUGCUGCGCAAGGUGUUUGACGUGAUGCGAACGAUCUCGGCCGAGGAACUGCAGCAUCCUGCCAUGCAGAAGCUGAUCGAGUCGGCCAGCGAGGAUGGCGGGGUGACCAAGUGUUCCCGGUUCGAUGUCGUCAUCGUGGAGUGGUCAGGCGUGACGCUGAUGAAUGCGUUCGCCGAACACUUCCGCGCGCCACUGGUCGGAAUUGCAAACGGAGGAGCCUACAUCAAUGCCCACGAGGCCCUGGGCAACCCGAACCACCCGAUCGGCUAUCCGAGCAUCUUUAUGCCGUUCAGCGAGGAUCUCAGCCUGCUGCAGCGCAUUUCGAGCGUGCUGUUCACCGUUUGGUACCGGUUCUAUUACUACACCGAGGAGAUCCCAGCUCAGAAUGCGAUCGCGAAGAGUGCCUUCGGCGAGUCCAUCUCCGAUCUGUGGCAGAUCGAACAGAACGCCGAUCUGCUGCUGAUCAACUCCUACCAGCUGCUCGGUAACGUGCGUCCAGUCGGCCCGUCUACCAUCUAUCUCGGUGGCAUCCACCAGCGACCCACCGGCACUGGAUCAGGGCUGCCGGCCGAUCUGGAACUCUUCCUCGCCCAAUGCGACGAACCGGUCGUGUACGUGAACAUUGCGGCGCUCUCCGGCCGGGUGCGGAUCGAAAAGAUCGUCAAAACGCUCGAGCAGCUCGAAGUGGCCAGCGUGUGGUCGCUGAACGAGGCUAGCGGAGUGAUCAACACCUCCGCCCGGAUCUACCAAUCGUUCAGUGUGCCCCAGGAGGAGGUUCUCG